AAGAAUAGCGCAUGAACACCUGUUAGCACUCUAUGCUGUGAUUGGUCUUGGAGCUAAUCUCUGGAUUCGUGUCACUGAUUAUGUGGGUAACAGGGCGUUGGCUUCACCAGAAGACGCUUCAUUCCGAAGGCAGCUAACAUCAGUUGUUGUAAGGUCCGGUCCUUGUAGGAGUCUGAGUCUGAGUCAGGAUUCAAAGGUCAAGAGGCAUGGCGAAAGUAAUCACUGUUUUUGGAGCGACAGGGACACAGGGAGGUGGAGUGGCCAAUGCCCUUCUGGAGGACCCAGAGUUCAAGGUGCGAGUAGUGACGAGGAGCGCCUCUAGCGACAAGGCUAAGGCACUGCAGAAGAGAGGUGCCGAGGUCGUUGAGGCCACUUUUGACGAUCCCGCCUCACUGGAGCGGGCACUGAAGGGCGCCCACGGAACGUUUGUGAUGUCUACCCAGACUUUCACUGAAGGUGUAGACUUUUAUACUCUGGAGAUCAAGCAGGGUAAGGCGGCGGCGGAUGCGGCCAAAGCUGCCGGUGUACAACACGUGGUGCUGAGCAGCCUGGAUGCCGUAAAGAAGACCAUGGGGUUCCCCUGUCCGAUGUACGACGCUAAAGCAGAGAUAGAGGAGUACAUGAAGUCUAUCGGCCUGCCGCUUACGGCCAUCAAGUUUCCCCCCUACUUCGACAACUACCUCUCCCUCAAACUGAUUACAAAACUGGAGGAUGGGACUUUUGAAAUAGGUUACUGCAUGGAGGGCGUUGCCAUGCACGGCAUCAGUGUUCCUGACGCUGGUUUUGCCAUCAGAGCGAUCUUCAAGAACAAGGACGAGUGGCUGGGUAAGACUGUGGGCUUCAGCGGAGACAAACUCACCAUCCAACAACAAGCAGACAUUCUCUCUAAACACCUGACACCUUAUGUGUUCAAACCUACCCAGAUGACAUCGGACGCGUUCAGUCAACUGCCUUUCCCAGGAGCAAAGGACGUCGGUGACAUGUUCAAGUUCUACCGCCUGGGUAACCCUGCCCAUGACGUUGAGCUGACCCGCCAGUUGUACCCGGGCACCAGGAGCCUGGACCAGUGGGUGCAGGACAACAAGGAGACGCUGUUGAGCGCUUUAAAGAGCGCGUAGACUGUAUACCGAAAGCACAUGUCGCUUGAAAGGAAAGAAUUCUCAGGAACGCUCAAUGAAUAUGUUAGAACUAGAGAGGCAACAUUUGGCAGCAGUUUAGCACAUGUCCAGGAAACGUACUUUAAGUGGAGUGUCCAUAUCUUCAGAAACGUUUUUAACAUUUGACAACACUCUGUAGAUCUACUGAUAUUUCGUAUGCACUAUAGAGUAACAAUGACACAAUGUUUGCAUUAAUAUUUUAUAAUCCUGGUGUUAGAUAUCGUUGUCUACAUAGGCAAUUGUAACGGUUAGUUUGCUACUCCAUCGUCUGAAUAAAGAAAGCUUUUCAUAAGGCCAUGGGAGGAAAGAUCU